GAAUCCGGUUCGCUUAUCGCCAUUUGCGAUCUCAUUCCCAAGCCUGGUCUUAACUGCCUAGAGUGAACUGUGAAGAUGGUGAAAGUGGCAACGUAUUUUGCGAUGACAUUUGGAGCCUUUCUAUUCUGGCAAUCAAUGGAUAGAGUCCACGUCUGGAUUGCUCUUCAUCAGGAUGAGAAGAAAGAAAGACUUGAAAAGGAGAUGGAGAUCAGGAGGGUCAGAGAAGAACUAUUGCAGCAAGCUAAACAGAAGGAUCCUUCAGCAUGAACUACUUAUUUGAUCAAAUUUAUAUUUCCCUUGUUUCCCUCAAGUGCGGGUCGCUCUUUGAGCUUCUGUUUACAAAGCACUGAAACUGAAAAUAAUUAAUUUGGCAAAUUAAUUUGCUUGUAUCAAGAACAGUUUUAUUCCUUCUUGUUGCUGAUUUAUCAAAAAUAAUUGAUGAUUGUUCUACCA